GCCAACGCCCAAAUGAAAAGGUUCCCUUUUUUCCUUUCCUUUCUAUGUCGGCAGAGCCCUUCGCUUCCUUUCCGAGUUCCGACACCUGGAGGAGAAGGAUAAAAGUCCAAAGCGAUUUAGUCCGCCCAAAUGUUGAUUCCAACGAGAAUCCUAAUCGCCACUAAAAUCUAAUCGCACAGUGCUUCUUUGUCAUUCAGCAGAAGCCUCUUUCUGCUCUGAUCGGAUCAGUGAAGACGAAGAAGACGGAAAAUGGGGUUCUUUGUGGGGCUGAUACUGGGACUCGCCGUGGGACUGGCGCUGAUAGUGGGGUUCGUCCGGUACGAGAACGUGCGGUCCAACCGCCGGACCCAACUGGCCACCACCAUAGCCGCUUUUGCCAGGAUUUCCGUUGAAGACUCCAGAAAGAUCCUCUCUCCCGACCGCUACCCGUCUUGGGUCGUCUUCUCUCAGCGCCAGAAGUUGAGUUGGCUUAAUCUUCAUCUUACAAAGAUCUGGCCCUAUGUUAAUGAGGCAGCGUCUGAGCUGAUAAAGACUUCGGUUGAGCCGGUUCUGGAACAAUAUAGACCGAUGAUAUUGUCCGCGCUCAAAUUUUCCAAGUUCACUCUUGGUACUGUGGCACCACAAUUUACAGGAGUUUCUAUUGUUGAGAAUGAAGAAGAAGGUGUCACCAUGGAAUUGGAGAUGAACUGGGAUGGGAACCCGAGUAUAGUACUGGAUAUUAAGACCAGAGUUGGUUUAGCACUUCCAGUGCAGGUGAAAAAUAUCGGAUUCACUGGGGUUUUCAGGUUGAUUUUUAAGCCACUGGUUGAUGAGUUUCCAUGUUUUGGAGCUGUUUGUUGUUCUCUAAGAGAAAAGAAAGAUUUGGAUUUUACACUUAAAGUUAUUGGUGGCGACAUAUCAGCGAUUCCUGGGCUUUACGAUGCAAUAGAGGGGACAAUACGGGAUGCUAUAGAAGAUACUCUUAUGUGGCCCGCUCGGAAAGUUGUACCUAUUUUGCCUGGGGAUUAUAGUGACCUGGAGUUGAAGCCUGUUGGGAUAUUAGAGGUGAAGCUUGUGCAAGCGAAGGGGCUAACGAAUAAAGAUAUCAUUGGAAAGUCAGAUCCCUAUGCUGAAUUGUAUGUACGGCCUUUACGUGACAGAAUGAAAACUAGCAAAACAAUUAACAAUGAUCUAAACCCGAUCUGGAACGAACACUUCGAAUUUAUUGUUGAAGAUGCAUCCACUCAACAUUUGGUGGUAAAAAUUUUUGAUAAUGAGGGGGUUCAGGCAUCUGAGCUCAUUGGGUGUGCUAGAAUACAGCUAAGUGAACUUCAACCUGGUAAAGUGAAGGAUGUCUGGUUGAAGCUUGUUAAAGAUUUGGAGGUCCAGAGAGAUAAUAAAAACAGGGGGCAGGUGCAUUUGGAGCUUUUGUACUGUCCUUCUGGCAUGGAGAACGGAUUUACCAAUCCUUUUGCCCCUAAUGUUUCAUUGACCUCCUUGGAGAAGUUUCUCAAUAGUGGGGUGAAUGGAACAGAAGCUCUUGGAAAUGAGAAAGCAGUCAUACAGAAGAAAAAGGAGGUUAUUGUUAGAGGAGUUUUUUCUGUUACCGUGAUAUCUGCUGAAGAAUUGCCAGCGGUGGAUCUGAUGGGGAAGGCUGAUCCCUAUGUUGUACUCACCUUGAAGAAAUCAGAAACAAGAAACAAAACUAGGGUUGUGAAUGACAGCUUGAAUCCGGUUUGGAAUCAAACUUUUGACUUUGUUGUUGAGGAUGGAUUACAUGAUAUGUUAAUCCUCGAAGUCUGGGACCAUGACACAUUUGGAAAGGAUUAUAUGGGGAGAUGCAUCUUGACACUCACUAGGGUUAUAUUGGAAGGGGAAUACAAAGAACAGUUCCAGCUAGAUGAAGCAAAAUCAGGGAAAUUGAAUUUGCAUCUCAAGUGGAUGCCGCAACCAAUUUACCGUGAUUCUUGAGUGCACUUGUUGUGUAGCUGACAGUGACUCAGAGCCUGCUUGGAAUUGCGUUAGAAAACAGAGGUUUUUGUCUAUAGAGCUUGCGAGUAAAUCAAAGAGGAUGUACGGCACAUUCAAAUUAAUUGAUUAAUAAACAUUGCACCGUGUAUUUUCGAGUACAAAGUAGAACAAUGUACAUAGUUGUUUAUUAACUUAAGGCUAAACGUAAGCUAGUGAAGUUUGAAGAUGAUGCAAUUAUGGAUUGAAAUAAGUGGCCUAAUUAUUGUAUGAGAUUGCUACAUGGUCAGCCUUUUACAUGCUAGCAGUCUUCUGGUUUGGGAAAUUCUGUUUUUUUCUUCCCUUUUUAUCAAGUGAUCUCUUUUUUGCA